AUGUCCCCGUACAGACUAGUCUUUGGUAAGGUUUGUCAUCUUCCUGUGGAGUUCGAACACAAGGCAUUCUGGGCGGUGAAGCAGUGCAACUGGAAUCUUGAAGAAGCGGGGGUCCAAAGGAAAUUACAGCUACAAGAAUUGAAAGAGAUCAGGAAUGAGGCAUACGAGAAUGUCACUAUUUAUAAGGAGAAGAGUAAAAUCUUUCAUGAUCAGCAAGUCUCAAGAAAAGUGUUUGUGGUGGGGCAAAAAGUCCUCUUAUAUCAUUCGAGACUUAAACUCUUUCCCGUGGAGAUCCAGAGUUUAAAAAUGGAGAAAAAGUUCGUGGUGAAUGGCCAUCGUCUCAAGUCUUAUUAUGAAGGAUUCUCUGUUAAAGAAGUUGAAGAAGAUGGCAGUUAG